AUGAUUUGGGUUUGGAAAGCAAAAAGGUUUGAAACCAUUCCUGAGCAGUAUAUGCUACACAGAUGGACUACUUUGGCACUGAAGAAACCAAUUUUUGACUUGGGUGGAAACCUGUUGGAGGAAUGUGCUAAUUUAAUUGACAAGAAAAAAUUGUUAAAUAAUUUAUGGUCAGAGAUACACACUUGUGUAAGUUUGGCAGAAGGCAAAGAUGAAGAUAUUCAAGACCUUGUGAUAAAUCUUCAAGGAAUAAGAAAGGAUUUGGAGGCUAAGAGGAUUGUAAGAAAUAAUGAAACAACAGCUGGAAGUGCAAACAACAAAGGACAAGACAUUGAGCUAUUGAUUGGAGCUAGUGUUCCAACUGAAAUAAUUGUCAAACCUCCAAAAAUUUCAAAGAAUAAAGGGACUGGAGUUCAUGUAUCAAAUGAAGAGACUUCAAAAAAGAAAGGGGCUGAUAUUGAUGUGCCAAAUGUUGAAACAAGAGGACCUUCACGAGCUCGACAAUUUAGCUUCUUCAUAACACUAUAG